AUGAACUUCCAGGCGGGCGGGGGCCAGAGCCCGCAGCAGCAGCCCAGCCUGGCGGCGCCGGGCGGCGGCGGCGGCGGCGGCGGGGGCCCGGGCUCCGGGGGCGGCGGCGGCCCGUCGCAGCAGCUCGCGGGCGGCCCCCCGCAGCAGUUCGCGCUCUCCAACUCGGCGGCCAUCCGGGCCGAGAUCCAGCGCUUCGAGUCCGUGCAUCCCAACAUCUACGCCAUCUACGACCUGAUCGAGCGCAUGGAGGACCUGGCGCUGCAGAACCAGAUCCGGGAGCACGUCAUCUCCAUCGAGGACUCCUUUGUGAACAGCCAGGAGUGGACCCUGAGCCGCUCGGUGCCAGAGCUUAAAGUGGGCAUUGUGGGGAACCUGUCUAGUGGGAAGUCAGCCCUCGUGCACCGUUAUCUGACGGGGACCUACGUCCAGGAGGAGUCCCCCGAAGGGGGCCGGUUUAAGAAGGAGAUUGUGGUGGACGGCCAGAGCUACUUGCUGCUGAUCCGGGACGAAGGAGGCCCGCCUGAGCUCCAGUUCGCUGCCUGGGUGGACGCGGUGGUGUUUGUGUUCAGCCUGGAGGACGAGAUCAGCUUCCAGACGGUGUACAACUAUUUCCUGCGCCUCUGCAGCUUCCGCAACGCCAGCGAGGUGCCCAUGGUGCUGGUGGGCACGCAGGAUGCCAUCAGUGCUGCGAACCCCCGGGUCAUCGAUGACAGCCGGGCCCGCAAGCUGUCCACGGACCUGAAGCGCUGCACCUACUACGAGACGUGCGCCACCUACGGGCUCAAUGUGGAGCGCGUCUUCCAGGACGUGGCCCAGAAGGUGGUGGCUUUGCGGAAGAAGCAGCAGCUGGCCAUCGGGCCCUGCAAGUCACUGCCCAACUCCCCCAGCCACUCGGCCGUGUCCGCCGCCUCCAUCCCGUCCGUGCACAUCAACCAGGCCACGAAUGGCGGCAGCAGCGCGUUCAGCGACUACUCGUCCUCAGUCCCCUCCACCCCCAGCAUCAGCCAGCGGGAGCUGCGCAUCGAGACCAUCGCUGCCUCCUCCACCCCCACACCCAUCCGCAAGCAGUCCAAGCGGCGUUCCAACAUCUUCACGUCCCGGAAGGGUGCCGACCUGGAGCGGGAGAAGAAGGCCGCCGAGUGCAAGGUGGACAGCAUCGGGAGCGGCCGGGCCAUCCCCAUCAAACAGGGCAUCCUGCUGAAGCGGAGCGGCAAGUCCCUGAACAAGGAGUGGAAGAAGAAGUACGUGACGCUCUGUGACAACGGGCUGCUCACCUACCACCCCAGCCUGCACGAUUACAUGCAGAACAUCCACGGCAAGGAGAUUGACCUGCUGCGGACAACAGUGAAAGUACCAGGGAAGCGCCUGCCCCGAGCCACGCCAGCCACAGCCCCCGGCACCAGCCCCCGGGCCAACGGGCUGGCCUUGGAUCGGAGCAACACGCAGCUGGGUGGGGGCCCAGGCGCCCCCCACUCGGCCAGCAGUCUGGCCUGGGCUGGCCUGCGUCCCGAGGGGCUGCACCAGCGCUCCUGCUCCGUUUCCAGUGCCGACCAGUGGAGUGAGGCUGCUGCCCUGCCCCCAGCCAGUGGCUCAGCUGAGGUGCUCGGUUCCAGCCCCAAGCUGGAGCCUCCCCCAUCUCCCCACUCCAACCGGAAGAAGCACCGGAGGAAAAAGAGCACCGGGACCCCCCGACCAGAUGGCCCCAGCAGUGCUGCCGAAGAGGCGGAAGAGUCCUUUGAAUUUGUCGUGGUGUCCCUCACCGGGCAGACGUGGCACUUCGAGGCCUCGACAGCCGAGGAGCGGGAGCUGUGGGUGCAGAGCGUGCAGGCCCAGAUCCUCGCCAGCCUGCAGGGCUGCCGCAGUGCCAAGGACAAGACUCGACUGGGGAACCAGAACACAGCUCUGGCUGUGCAGGCCGUCCGCACUGUUCGUGGUAACAGCUUCUGUAUUGACUGCGACGCCCCCAAUCCAGACUGGGCCAGUCUGAACCUGGGCGCCCUGAUGUGCAUCGAGUGUUCAGGGACCCAUCGACAUCUUGGGGCUCACUUGUCUCGGGUCCGUUCCCUUGACCUUGAUGACUGGCCACCUGAGCUGCUGGCUGUCAUGACUGCCAUGGGCAAUGCCCUGGCCAAUAGCGUCUGGGAGGGGGCUCUGGAUGGCUAUGCAAAGCCAGGGCCUGACGCCUGCAGAGAGGAGAAGGAGCGCUGGAUACGGGCCAAGUACGAACAGAAGCUCUUCCUGGCCCCACUGCCGAGCUCGGACGUGCCACUGGGGCAGCAGCUGCUCCGGGCCGUGGUGGAGGACGACCUGCGGUUGCUGGUGAUGCUUCUGGCACACGGGUCCAAGGAGGAGGUGAACGAGACCUAUGGGGAUGGGGACGGGCGGACGGCUCUGCAUCUCUCCAGUGCCAUGGCCAAUGUUGUCUUUACACAGCUGCUCAUCUGGUAUGGAGUGGACGUGAGGAGUCGGGAUGCCCGGGGCCUGACUCCACUGGCCUAUGCUCGCCGGGCUGGGAGCCAGGAGUGUGCAGACAUUUUGAUCCAGCAUGGCUGCCCCGGGGACGGCUGUGGCUUAACACCUACCCCCAACAGAGAGCCUGCCAACGGCACCAACACCUCUGCUGAGUUGCACCGAAGCCCUAGCCUCCUUUAA